CAAACAGCACUAGAGGACGGGGAGAGUAAAUAGAGAAAGCCCCAAGAUGGCGGAGUCAGUGAGCUUCAUUCACUUCGCAGCGGCGAAUAAAAACCCACUCCCAAAGCCCAAGGAACAUAAAGAAGCGGUAGAGGGUCGUCCGCAGUCGUCCCGCGACCAUCACCCUCCACCCCCCAAGAAAGUUAGAAACGAGGAGAAGAGUCUUAAACCCAAGAAACUAAACGGGGAAGGCGGAGGAGCUGGAGGAGGCGGCACGGCGGAUAAGCAACACCAGAAGCAGAGUUAUGGCAGCCCGACAACAUGGAGCAUCGGUCCCAUCAAGGCAAGCCACUCCACGGUGCCUGUCCAGGCGCCCCGGCACAAGAUUUUUAAGCAGAGCGAUUUCCUCGCCCCCUACCCUAAGCUCAAGAAGCCCAAGGAGAAACGAGAAAAGGAAAAACUGAAGAAGAAACACAAACCUGUGUUGGAAAUAAACAGUCUUUCCAGCUCUGGUGUAAAGAAGGAAAAUGGAGAGGUGAAGUUGGUGCAGAAAGACCACAAUGGCAGGGACAAGGAAAAAGAGAAGAAGAAGGAGAAGGAAAAAGACCGAGAGGAAAAGAAAAAACACAAAGUAAUGAAUGAAAUUAAGAGGGAAAAUGGAGAGAUCAAGUUGUUCCAGAAAGUGGAGAAGAUGAGACCAAAGAUAAACUCCGAAGAGCUCCUGAUGAAGAAGAUGAAGAAGAAAAAGAAAAAGAAACACAAAGAAGGGGAGAAACGCAGGAGGCCCAGGAUGCACAGCAGGUCGUGUCAGACCACUUGCUCGGGGCUGGUGUCUAGCCCAGUGGUGACACCUCCCCUGAUGCUCCACCAGGGCGGCGCCGUUGUCAAGGAGGAGAAGGACUGUCGUGGGCAUCCGGGUGCACCAGGCACCGAGGGCCUGGAGUUCGCCCGGCUGGUACACGUGGAGCGGCAGCCCAACGGAGGAGCUUUGGUGGCCCAUGCCUACAGCGAGGAGCUGGCCCUCUUAUCCCCUGCGGAGGCACAACGCUUCGCCCAGGAGUUUGUCACGCUGGCCUUCAGCGAGAGCGAGGCAGGCGCCGCACACUACGUCAUGAGCAUCGUGCAUGGGGCGGCCUCCUACCUUCCCGACUUCCUAGAGUACUUCUCCCUCAAGUUCCCCAACUCGCCCGUCAAGAUGGAGAUCCUGGGGAAGAAGGAUAUCGAGACGACCACGAUGUCAAACUUCCAUACUCAGGUAAAGAGGACCUACUCCCAUGGGACGUACCGCGCUGGGGCCAUGCGACAGAUCAGCCUGGUGGGUGCCGUGGAUGAGGAGGUGGGAGACUAUUUCCCAGAAUUCCUCAGCCUGCUGGAAGAGUCGCCCUUUCUCCAACGCACACUGCCCUGGGGGACUUUUUCCAGCCUGAGGCUACGCAGCCCCACAGAGAGCGACGACGGCCCCAUCAUGUGGGUGCGGCCAGGGGAGCAAAUGAUCCCCGUGGCCGACAUGCCAAAGUCUCCCUUCAAGAGGAAAAGGUCAACCAAUGAAAUCAAGAAUCUGCAGUACCUACCUCGGACCAGCGAGCCACGCGAAAUGCUCUUUGAGGACCGGACCCGCGCCCACGCCGACCACGUUGGGCAGGGUUUUGAGCGGCAGACCACGGCAGCGGUGGGCGUGCUGAAGGCCGUGCACUGCGGGCAGAGUGCGGAUCCCCCGCGGAUAACCAAAGACGUGAUCUGCUUCCACGCUGGAGACUUUCAGGAUGUGGUACAGAGACUGCAGCUAGACCUGCAUGAGCCUCCCCUCUCUCAGUGCAUCCAGUGGGUGGAUGAUGCCAAGCUGAACCAGCUCCGACGGGAAGGUAUCCGCUACGCCCGCAUCCAGCUGUAUGACAACGACAUCUACUACAUCCCCCGCGGCGUGGUGCAUCAGUUCAAGACGGUGUCGUCUGUCUGCAGCCUGGCCUGGCACAUCCGCUUGAAACAGUACCACUGCAAGGCUGAGGAUGGACCCCAGGACUGCCCACAGUCGUCUGACCCCGCUCACUCCCCUGCUGACAUCACCAGCCAUGGACACGCCUCGUUCCCCCACGUCAAAUCAGAACCUGUGGACUCCCCUCUGGCCACGCCACCAGAAAAUGAACCCAAACCUCCCGAUCCCCCAAAGUGUGGGACCGCUUUAAACAAGCCCCACGCCAGCAUUCCCCAGAGGUGGAGCGAGAAGCAGAGGGACAUGGCGUACCCAAAGCCCCCAGUCAUCCCCCAGGACACACGGCCCCCCACCUCUUUAAAACAUACCCUGCAUGAGCAGCAUAAAGAGUUUUUAUACUGAUUUUUGUACCAGAGAUUAACCCUCCCCCCCCCCCCCACACACACACAAACAAAAUGGACCAGUGGUAUGUUAUAUGGGUUUGUGAGGCUGGUGGGGCAAACGCCAGUCUGUUGCCAUGUGGAGAUGUGGAGCACAGGUAGCUAGACACAUUCCUCGGGGCCUCUGUCCAAGCACUUCGAGCUGACUGCCUCAGCAAGCAAACAGCUCCUCACAUAAUCUAUUUUUUAAGUUGUAGGUUCCUAUAGUUGCCAUAAGUACCAGUUCUGUUUUUUUAUGACAAUUCUUUUAAUGACCCCAUCACCCUCCAUAGAGUUUAUUUAUAUUAAUUUUUUGUUCAAUUUUAAAUGUCAGCACUGUAGUGUAAAUAUUUUUUUGAACUUGUAGUGUGAUUUAUACUUAAAUUUGAACCUCCUAAUAAAGGUUCGAAACAUC